UUCAUAGGUAGUAUUUCCUGUGUAAACACAACAAACAGCUGCGAUGGCUGUUCGGGCCUUGCUCAUUUCGUUGUCUCUCUUUCAUUUUGGGUUUUCUACAAUCGUUGACUUUACAAAGGAAUUUGACAUAAAAUCGCUUUAUCGUAAUGCACGGGAUAGAAAUUCAUACAUCAAAGCUCGCAAUGACAUUUUAUUGGAAGAACAGAAUAUGAGAAUUGGCCACGAUGUCGUGUUGAACGCAAAUGAGCAAAAAGUGAAUGCCAUUCUGAUGAAAUAUAAGCAGCUGGAGGUGAACAGGUCCAGAGUUCAUAAUGGUGAACCAUUCCCACCUAGUGUUAAUUUUCUUGUGGGAAAACCUCUGGUGGAGAAGAGUCAAGUGUUCCAGAUAAUUAAAUCGAUGCCUAAAGGCGCCGCUCUCCAUCUUCACGAUACUUCCAUGGUCGACUUACACUGGCUGGUCAAAAACGUCACAUACAGAGAAAACUGCUACAUGUGCACAAACAACAAAUAUUUUGUGUACUUCAAGUUUUUUCCGGGCACUCCACCCAGUAACCCAGACUGCCCUUGGAAAUCUGUGAAAGAGGAACGACUGAAAGCAACCAAUAAAGACGAAUUUGAUAACUUGCUUUACCUAAAUAUGACCCUGAUAACUCCUGACCCUGCUAAGGCCUACCCCAAUAUUGAUGUCGUCUGGACCCGGUUUCUGCAGACGUUUGAUCAGGUGGGGGGCCUCAUCAACUAUGCCCCGGUGUUCGUCGACUAUUUCUACGAGGCCCUGACCGAGUUCAACCAAGACAACGUCCAGUACCUGGAGUUUAGGGGACUUCUACCAAAGGUGUACCAACUAGAUGGAACGACGCUGGGAAAGGACUGGGUGAUGAAAACUUACCACGACAUUUUUGCUCAGUUUGUAGACGAGCACAGACACGAAUUUAGUGGAGGAAAAGUCAUAUACUCUGGUUUAAGAAUCGUUCCAGAGAAUGACGUCCUAUCCCAGGUGAAGGAGUCAAUACGAUUCCGACAGUUGUACCCCGAUCACUUCGCGGGGUACGAUUUGGUGGGACAGGAGGGCCCCGGGAAAACUCUGUUAGAAUACCUAGACGCCCUACUGUACCCCUCCGAACAGGUCCCGCCCAUUGACCUGCCCUAUUUUUUCCAUGCUGGCGAAACAGAUUGGGAAGGGACGCCGACCGACCACAAUCUGAUCGACGCCGUCCUGUUGAACACGAGCCGUAUCGGACACGGCUACGCCCUGGAUAAACAUCCGCAGGUUAUGAAGAUGGUGAAGCAGAGAAAUAUCGCAGUAGAAGUCAACCCUAUCUCUAACCAGGUGUUACUCUUGGUCAGCGAUCUUAGGAACCACCCAGCGGCUGACCUGGUGGCCAAGGAUUUCCCGAUCGUCAUCAGCUCCGAUGAUCCGGGUAUCUGGGGUGCCCGCGGCCUGUCCUACGACUUCUACAUGGCGUUUAUGGCGCUUGCAGGGGAAGACGCCGAUUUACGACUGUUGAAAAAGUUGGCGAAAAAUUCAAUAGAACUGAGCGCCAUGACUCCGGUAGAGAAAACCAAGGCCUUAAAUUUGUGGCGCCAAAAAUGGGACGCAUUUAUUCAAAAAUUAUUGCACCAAUUCAACCAAUCAGGAGGCAGUGUGUUCGGGUAGACAAAGAAAUGUUGGUGGAGGGGUGGAUUGAUAUAUAUUUUUUUCAAAAAUGCCUUUGUACAAGAUGGAUACGUUUUCAUUCGCAAGGAAUUGAUGGCUCUUUAUGUGUCAUGUGGAUUUUCCAUAGUGCAUGGUUUUAUUAUUUUAUCCAAGACAUAAAUAACAUUAUAAAUAUUUUAUAUUAUGUCUCUUUAUUAUCCUGUUUACUGUUUCAGAAAAAGUGUUGGGUUUUAAUCCUUAUCUGUUAUUUGUAUCAAUUUUAAUUCUUUUCUGUUGAUUAAUUUUUUUUUUUUUGGUUCUCUAUAAUUCAUCGUUUUAUACCAUAGUAUGGUAAAAUGUAUUAAUAAUACCCCACAUUUAUUUUGAAAGUUUAACCUUUUCAUAUUUAGAGCAGUUAGAAAUUAUUAACCAAUACUAAAUAUUUAUAACGAGUAUAGAAUGAAUCUUACUGACAGAAUAUUUUUUUAUUCUCACCGUUGCCAUUGUUGACUUUUUACAUUAUGGUAUAUUUACAACAUGGCUAGUCCUAGUCUAUCGAAUUGACAUUCCACAUUUUAAGAAUGAAUGUUCAUCGAAAGGAGUACUAUUUUAAUAUUUAUUAUUUACAAGUUUAUAUUUUGUUAUAAUGUACAUUGUAUUAUGUUGUGCUGUGACAUGAUUGUUGUGAUUUAUUCAAAAGUAUUUUUUAAAAUAUUCCCCAAGUCCAGCAAUACUUUGUGACUUAAUUUCAUCGUUGUGGUCAUAUGCAGUAUUAAAUUGAUUGGGGAAAAAUCAAUCUAAUGAUUAUAAAUUGUUUUGCCUAAUAUCUUUCUUUGGUGAGUGCUGCCUUUGGAUUCUCUUUUUAUCCAAUCCCAACGAAGUCAUUCAUUAAUAGGGUACUUAAUCCGUUAAUCCUUCCAUUCAUCAUUUACGUGCGUGCGUGCGAGAGAGAGAGAGGUGUAUAAGCAUCCUUUUGAUUUUGAUAUACGAUGUACAUGUAUUGACCUAAUGUAACUGGUUUGGUUUGCUACAUGUAGAGUGCAAUUUAAAAAAAAAGUAUUGAUUUCUUUCUUUCAUAUACAUUUAGAAUGAAAGAAAUUUCCUGGUUUUAAUCAUACAUCUAUUAGUAUACACUGGAUAAUGAAUAUUUGUCUGGUAGUUUUUUGUCUUCUUUUUGUCUUCUUUAGAGUGUCUGGAGUUUGUUUUUGUCUUCUUUAAAGUAUUUAUGUGUUUACUAUCAGUCAUUUGAUAAGAAAAAUAUACAUAUAUGUGAUUAUUAUGUAGUUACGGAUGAUUUCUUUUUCAUUGUAUGAUCUAAGGGAAAUAAAUUAGGCUGUCAAAG